AUAAAUACUCUUAGGUUCACUAAUUUGUACCUAAUUUUUCAACUUGAUUUUUUAAAAAGGAGGAAAAUUCAGGUUUCAAAGAAGUGAAAAAGGAAGUCAAUCCCCCUCUUGUCGCUCCUCCCUGUCCCAGUCGUCGUCUCCCUGCCUGCCAGAUCUCCCCGCUCCUCCCCUUCGCCUCCCGGCUCUCAACCCCCGAACCUCUCUCCUCCUCACUAGCAUCCGUCCCCUUCCAUGGACGCCGCGGCGGCCGCGCCGCCCCACGCGGACCCUCGCUCUGCCGCGGGCGCGCGGGGCCUCCGGCGGCACCAGUACACGGUGCUGGCGCUCACCUUCGCGUCUUACGCGGCGUUCCACGCCUCCCGCAAGCCGCCAAGCAUCGUCAAGGCCGUGCUUUCCGCGGACUGGGCCCCAUUCUCGGGGCCCCGGGGCCCGCACCGACUCGGGGAGCUCGACGUCGCCUUCCUCUCCGCCUACGCGCUCGCCAUGUUCGCCGCGGGCCACCUCGCCGACCGCGCCGACCUCCGCCGCCUCCUCGGCGCCGCCAUGCUCGCCUCGGGCGCCGCGUCGGCGGCGCUCGGCGCGGCAUACUUCCUCGACGUCCACGCCCUCUCCUUCUUCCUCGCGUCCCAGGUCGUCAGCGGCGUCGUCCAGUCCGCCGGGUGGCCCUGCGUCGUCGCCGUCGUGGGGAACUGGUUCGGCCACGCCUCGCGCCGCGGCACCAUCAUGGGGGUGUGGAACUCUCACACCUCCGUUGGCAACAUCGCCGGCUCGGUCCUCGCCGCCGCCGUGCUCGAGUUCGGGUGGGGGUGGUCGUUCUUGGUGCCCGCGUUCGUCAUCGCCGCGCUCGGGGUCGUGGUGCUGGUGUUCCUGGUCGCACACCCCAGCGAUGCCGGGCUGGAGCUGGAGGCGAUGGAGGUUGAGAUGAAUGGAGAUGGUGGGGAGGAGGUGGAGCUGCUUGGGGAGGAGAAGAAAGAGGUGGAAUUGGAACGAGAUGAGGAUGAGUUGGAGUUGGGAUCGCAAUUGCCAAGAGCCAUAGGGUUCUUGGAGGCGUGGAGACUGCCUGGAGUUGCGCCAUAUGCGUUCUGCCUCUUCUUCUCCAAGCUGGUUGCUUAUACCUUCCUCUACUGGUUGCCGUUCUAUAUCCGAAACAACGCCGUAGCAGGCCAGUUCUUGUCACACAAGGCUUCAGGAAUUCUAUCAGUUGUAUUCGACAUUGGAGGAGUUUUAGGAGGGAUCUCGGCUGGUUUUCUCUCGGAUGCCAUAGGCGCCCGUGCAGUAACAUCAGUUCUGUUCCUCUUGCUCUCAAUCCCUGCGCUCAUUGUGUACCGGACAUAUGGAAGCAUAUCCAUGCACCACAACAUUGGUCUCAUGUUCCUCUCUGGCUACUUUGUGAAUGGUCCGUACUCCCUCAUCACCACAGCUGUAGCAACUGAUCUUGGCACCCAAGACGCAAUCAAGGGAAACUCACGAGCAUUGGCUACAGUUUCUGCGAUAAUCGACGGCACUGGUUCUGUUGGUGCAGCACUGGGCCCCUUGCUUACAGGGUACAUUUCCACUAGAGGAUGGAAUAGUGUAUUUUUCAUGCUGAUAGUUUCUUUAUCACUUGCAAUUGUGUUUUUGAUACGGCUGGCAAAGGAUGAGAUAGUAAGCAAAUUGAGCACAAGACAUUAGAGUAUAUGGUGUUACUUCAGGCUGUAGAUACUUGAGGCGAGAGCUUAGCUAGCUAGGCCAGCUCUUGCUUCUAAAUUUAAUACGUUGGACAUGCGUUACGACUUGUGAAUCUACCAUGUGAUCAUGUGAAACUGUACACCCAGGAAGAGGAAUACAAUUUUGUCCACGACUGUUGUAUGGUAAAAACAUUUGUUCUAUUUUCUGAA